AUGAAGCUGGGCUGUGAGCUCCCAGCUUGGGCCCUCUACCUGUCCCCUGCUCUGCUCUGGGCAGCCCAGAUGAUACCAGAUGGAUGUCAAGCUGCUGCCAUUAUGGACAUUGUGCAGUGUGAAGGACCUGUCAGCACCAAGGAGAGCAGCUGCCACUCAAGUGAUGACGCGGCUGUAGCCAGCACAGAGGAAGCUGGCUUUCAGGUCAAGGGCUACACUUUCAGCGAACCCUUCCAUCUGAUCGUGUCUUAUGACUGGCUGAUCCUUCAAGGCCCUUCUGCACCCAUAUUUGAAGGGGACCCACUAGUUCUGCGCUGUCGGGCCUGGCAAGACUGGCCACUAACUCAAGUCACCUUCUACCAAGAUGGCUCAGCCCUGGGCCCCCCUGGACCUAACAGAGAAUUCUCCAUUGCUGUGGUGCAAGAGGUAAACAGCGGGCACUACCACUGCAGCGGCAUCUUCAGGAGCCCUGGCCCUGGGAGCCCAGAGACUGCAUCUCCAGUAGCUGUCACAGUGCAAGAACUGUUUCCAGUUCCAGUUCUCAGAGCCUCACCCUCAGCUGAGCUUCAAGAGGGAAGCCCAGUGACUUUGAGCUGUCAGACAAAGUUGUCCCCUCAGAGGUCAGCCACCCGCCUCCUCUUCUCCUUCUACAAGGAUGGAAAGACAGUGCGCAACAGGAAUCUGUCCUCAGAAUUCCAGAUACCCAUGGCUUCAGUAGAACAUUCUGGGUCCUACUGGUGUGAGGCAGCCACAGAGGACAGCCAGGUUUGGAAACAUAGCCCCCCGCUGGAGGUCAAGGUACAGGGUCCCUCAAGCUCUUCUGCACCUCCCACCUUGAAUCCAGCUUCUCAGAAAUCAGCUGCUCAGGAAACGAGUUCUACAGAGUCCCCCAGGCCUGUGCCUCCGCUAGCCACCCCAACUGCUGAGCCCCCAGUGUUUUCCCCUCCAGACCCCCACCUGUAUCACCAGAUGGGCAUUCUUCUCAAACACAUGCAGGAUGUACGUGUUCUCCUCGGCUACCUGGUCAUAGAGCUGAGGGACUUGUCUAGCCGCCUGAAGUCUGAGACCACACAGCCUCCUGCCCAAUGAAAGUACAGAACUCACCCAUGAUAGGGCUCAGCCAGUCCCUGUAAAUCCAGCUCUACUGCUCACUUU